UUGGCAGUAUUUCAACAUUUACCUAACGUACAUUUACCUAACGUACAUGUAAGUUGUUGUUUUUUUAAAAUAAACAUCUAAACGGGUUUUCCCGUGUGUUUACGAAAGAUAAAAAUAGAAUCUCUUGCAAGGUAUGGAAUUAAAACAGGGAAGUUUAAUUCAAGUGCUCGGUUUUCACAGUAGACAUAAUACGGCGUGUAUUCACGGAGUACGGAUGUGAAUUUGAUGGCUUGUCGGAGACAUUGCACAAGUACGCAAAUUGUAUACCAAUACACACAGGGAUAAAUUCAAGAUAUGCACCAUGAUUGAAGCCGUUGCUCUAUAUUUUGUAUCGGAAGACUGCAACGCGUGGGCAAACUUUCUUAAGACGAAAUUAGGAGAGAAGGCUUAUGACAUUUGUGUUCACGACAUUGAAGCUUCUCAAGCUUCAGAAUGUAAGGAGAGCUACAAAGCUAACAUAAUAUUGGUGAGCCCUGGUUUUCUGGAACUUCCAGAUUACAACCACUUUAGCAAGUUUCCCGAGAAACAAUCUUUGGUAGUGUUACUCGGAGUAGAUGACCAAGAAUUUGAAGACACAUUGAAAGCAAGAGGAGGGGAACAAAUUCUAAAAAUUCCCUUAUUUGAAACCGAGGCUAACGAGAGUUCAGUUAGAUGUCUGCUGGUGGAAAUAAUAGACCUCUAUGAACGAAAUGUUGCUACGGAAAACGUUUUGCCUGAUCCCAGACUGCAACAAGUGGUUCAUCAGCAGGACAGCGAUGUAAGUUUUGAGAGUGACAACGAUCCAUACGAUUUCCCUCCAUCUCCCAAACCUAUCGCUCCUCCGAAACCACCCUCAGCAAACGAGCUGCAAAAAUUCAUUCUCAACGAAAAGGAAAGAAAGAUAUACCUGAUUAUGGACAGAAAAGAUGAAGAAAACAUAUUGGUUCAAGACGAGAAUAGACCGGACACGUGUGUUCAAAGCCGAUUCCUGGGCAAUGCCUUAUACGAAGCCUCCUUAACAGAUGAUUUCGAUAAAUCACAGGUACUGAAAAUAGUAACAACCAAACGAAGAAGUGUAGGGAAUGUUCGAAUCGGACAAACCUCUCUUCCGACAUCACGUGACAAACUGUCUCAAAUAAAGCAGUUACUGUCUGACGAACUGGAGCCUCUAACAGUGCUGUGCAAAGCUUUGAGACUGCCAGAAAUAUCAAGUUCAUGUCUCGACAAGUUUCUGGCAGAAAAAUGUUUAAAUUUUAAAAUGUUCGAUGCACUGAAGAGUUUGUCGUUUGGAGAAUCCCUCGGCGAGAAGCAUUCUGAAGAGAGUAGCUGGCCCACCUUACUCCAUUUUGGCGCCGAAUUCGGUCUGAGUUUGUUCUGUGAUGAACUUUUACGGGUUCCCGGGAUGGACAAAUUUUGCCAUGUGACCAAUACCCAGGAUGAAACACCUGGUCAGUUGGCUCGAAAUCGCGGCUUCCUGCAAUUAGCUGAAAAGCUGGACAUGCUUACUGUAACUCAACGAGACAAGCGAAGUUCUCCAGCAAAUAAGGAUAGUGGAAUUAGCGAUUCUAUUUUUAGCCAUGCGUCGUCUGACACCAGUUCAUAUGCACAGCGCACAGUUGACAGCUUAUUGGAUGAUACUUAUGAAAUGCCCCCACCAACACCACACCAAACAAAGCAAUAUUACAUAAAUUCAAACCCGACAUCU